GCUCAACAAUGAGCAACCACAUUAGCGCAUUUAAACCAGAUAAUUAUAAUAAAUUAUAUAAAUUUUUAUUAGAAAUAUUCAUAAACCAAUCUAAUAUAAAAGAUUUAUACUUGGAAUUGAACAAGUUCAAUCUACAAAAUCCAUUAGAUUUACCAAAACCCAACAAUGCAGAGAAGUCUGAGUUAGAGAAUGGAAACGCUACCAUCUCCGGUGUUCUGCACAAAGUAAACAAGGACUUCAUCAACCAAGCAUUGCAAUUGUCUUCUACUCUCAAUAUCUCACACCAUCUCGCGUCUUCUCUUCUUCAACACGGUAUGCAGAGGUGCUCAAGAUACCAGACCACCCCCUUGGAAACAGCCGUCAUUCUCUUCCACUCAGAGAGACUCGAAUUGGUUAGAUGCUUACAGUUGAUUAUCAAUGGUAGUACGGACCCUAAUCUGCAACAGUCUGGCUUAAUGGAUGUUUUAAAUAAUUUCACCGUUCAACUUAUACAGAACAACUUUAUCAACACUCUGAUUUCUUCCUUGAAGUCACUCAAAAAUCCUCAAAUCACGUCAACAGGUUUGAACGAUGCUGUUACUGCAGAAUCCAUCAACUUCAUAACCCUCCAGAGGCAAGAAUUAGCUCAUCUUCUCUACCUCUUCGCAUUCAAUCAACAAAUGAGCCAAUCUGACAUUACAUCUGUUAUUAAUUACGCCAGCACUCUGGACUUUGAGGAUUCAAUCACUCCAUACAUUUUGUCCACAUUAUUAGCCGCAUUCAACUUCAACUGUCAAGAUCUUAGCUUCAUAACAAACACCUUGAGAACUUCAUCGUCUAGUAAUUGGUUGAAUAAGUCUUUUAAGGCUGUUUUUUCACUCAGAUUCGCUCUUUUUAUUGUUUCAUCAUUCCAAUUCAAUCCAAAUUUAGCUUCAAAGGCUACAGUAACGGAAGAUGAUGUUGAAAAGAUUGUUCUCCAGUCGAUAAAUGAUGACGCAUUUUUACACCUUCAACAAGUUCUAAUAAAUGCUACGGAAUCUGAGUCCCCAAUUAAUGUUGACUUUAAACCACAUCUGUUGUUCCAGUUGGAUAUGUUUAUCACUCAGUUAAUUACUACGCUCUCGCCGGUACUUCGUAAACUUAAGCAUCGUGAGGAGGACUUAAUCUUGGCUUCAUCUAGAUCUAGAUCUUUCAACAUUGAUGCUUCACCAUCUACAAGACAAGACUUAGCUCAGUUGUACUUCUUGAUCGCAUUAUUAUAUAGAAACACUGAACCUGAGUCGGCCUUAAAAUUCUGGGUAACAGACAAGGACGAUUACAGACUUUUCGCUUUCUUGAGAUGGUCAGCUGAAGCUCGUACACCUUUAAUGGUCCAUUCUCUUUUCGAAAUGAUUGGAUCUUUGGCUUCGGGUACUCAAUGCGCUACUUACGUUUACGAAUUCUUGAGUGGUAAUACUGAAAUGAAUGAUAACAGCCUUUGUUCAUGGAAUGCACUCUUUGGUGCUUUGGACUUUUACGCCAACAACCUCAAUCAAAAUCAACCAAAUGGCGAAAGUCAAGCUAGAGCUAACGAAAUUCCACCGGAAGAAGUAGAUUUAUUAAAAGCAUUUUUAUUUGUUUUGAAGCAAGUAGUUGGUCACUCAUCGGUUGCUCGUGCUGCAUUGAUUGAUAACCCAACAUAUAAACCAAUUCAAACAUUAUUUUCACUUCUGGCUUGCUCGAUCCCAGUAGAUUUGAAGAGCUCAUUGUUUGAUACAUUGGCUUCAUUCGCUAGUGCAAUCCCAGCAAAUAUAAUCGGUCAGGGUUCAUCUUCAAUUGCUACUGAAAAUGCUAAGAAGAUUUGGGUUAUGCUAGAAUCAUCUCAAAUUUUACCUACAACAAGAAGAAAACAACCAUCACCACUUACUGGUAUAUUAGCGGAAUUAGAAGAAAUUGAAUCAGCUGCUGGUACAUAUCCAAUUUCAGCAUCUUUUAUCAACUUCCUUAACAACUUGAUACAUACACCAGCUAAAUCUCUUACUUUAAGAAAAGGUAUUGAACUCGAUAGUUUAACUAUACCUAAUGGUUUAGGCGCAAACCACCGUGUUCCUGGUAUUCAACCAUUUGUUAACUUUGUCGUUGAUGACAUAUUCUUAAAAUUACCCCACAGAGGAUUUAAAUACCUUACGGAACGUUGGAAACUCACUGAAACUAGUUUAUGUUUCAUUGAAAAGUGUUUGAGUACUUACGAUUUAUCACAAUUGUUCGUUGAAGGCACAAUUAACGUCGGUAGUGUUAACGAGGUUGUUGCUAAUCCAUCAGAAGUCAGCCUUUGUUCAUUGAUACUUCAUCCCGGUUUCAAUGUUCUCAUUCAGUUCUUGUCUGGUGGUCCAAUUUUGAAAGAAGUUUUCAAUCUUAUAGGAACAGGUAUUGAUGCCAUCCUUGAUAACAGAUUCAAGACACCAUUCUACGCUAAAUCAAUUCAAAGAUGUUUGCGUAUAAUAUACAGAAUAAUGUCAAUACAAUCAAUGUUCUUGGAGGUUCUUUUACCACUUCUUCGUCAACAAAACAACAUCAUCCCUGGAAUUGGAAAAAUUGAUAUCCCAUCAGCGUUGAGCACGCUUGAUCAACAUCUAUUGUUCGCUCAUGAUGCUGUUAUACAAAUCGCACUCUACGUUAAUGCAAUUGAUGAGGAAACUUCAUUGUUGGCCGUCAAGACUAUUUCAGCAAUUGCAAAAUCAACUUACUUUAGCACUGCUGAUGGUUUCGCCAACCACUACAAGAGGAAGAUGAACAGAUUGACCGGCAUUAUUGAUUCAAGUGAUGAGAGUCUCAGGAUUUUGUCAGGAUUUGUCAGAUUACUCGAAGUGGAUGCACCUGAGGACACUGAUACAAUUGAUGAUACUGGUAUUGAAACGCUCUUGAAUUCAUCAACUGAUAUUGACAAUGAUAAUAUACAUCUUACACAAGCCACAAGAUCUGUCAUUUUGGAUUUAUUAAUUGAGAACACGAAAUCUAGUGCGCCUUCACCGAACAUCGCACAUUUCUUGUUAGGUUUCAACCUACAAUCAUCUUCACCAUCUGAGAUUGAAAUUGAGGAUCCAUUAAAUCAAUCAUCUAAGGUUUCAUGUUUACAUAUUAUCUUCUCAUUACUUGCGCAAGGUGUUGAAAAUGAUGAUGAUGAUGUCCCACUAUUCAUUAAUCACCCAAUUCUUGCUGAGAAAUGUUACAGAUUGAUCUAUCAAUUAUGUACUUCAGAGCUCACGUCUAAUGCAACAUUGAGGUAUUUGAGACUUCAUGAAGAUUUCUUCUACAAACAAUUGGUAGCACUUCCAAUCAAGCAAAUCCCAAUCUCAUCUCAACCUCCACUUGGUGUUGCUAGAUUUGGCGAUGGUGGUAUGAUUCAAACUUCAUCUUCAUCACUCGCUUCAUUCUUGAGAUUUAGAGCUUGGUUACUUGACACAGUCGCACUUGAAAUUCAUGCUCUUACUAAUUCAGGUCAAACUCAACGAGUAACAAAAUUAGUUGAUGUGUUAUUCUCUGAGUCAAAUCAGGUACUCGAUAUUGAAGCUAAUGAAUUUGGUGAAGUAGUUGAAACCCAAGAUAUUGAUCAAUCAUUGGCGAAGAUUCUCGACAUAUAUCAAUCACUUGAUUUAGAUUACAUAGAUGAAGGAGUAAAUGCAGAAAAUCUAUCAGUUUCAUUCUUUACAGGAUUGGACUUAUCAACUUGCUUGAAGACUGAUGAUAAUGGCUCUGUCAUUUAUGAUUUCAGGGCUUUACUUUCCUUACUUGGUGCGGCUAGGAGACACUUACAAAAAUCUGGCGUUAUAGCAUCACCAACUCAAUACGAGCAGGUUAAGGCUGAAACUCAACAAAUUUUAGAAUUUUUGGCCUCAGACAAUCGUCGUAGACAAGUACAUCAUGCUAGACAAUUUAAUUUAGAAGCAUGGAAGAGAAUUCUUGAUAUCGUUUGCGCUAAGUGUUUCGAUACCAUUAAUAAAGAUAGAAGAGAAACAGUUUUAUUGAAUAUCUUGCAAACUAUUUUACCAAAAUUGACAAGUAUGGAUAUUGCACCUGCUACAUCUGAGUUACUUUGUGGUGCUACCUUAUCAUUAAUUACGAAAUUACGUACAACCUUUAGUAACUUGUCAGAAGAGGAUGACGUUGAUCAAAGACUCUACGUAAUGCCAAAUGAUAGAUUAUUGAGCAUACUCAAGCAAGUUAUUGAAGUUAUAAUCAAACCUGGUUCAACUGUCAUUGUUAGGGGUAAUUUAUACUCAGUAUUACACAAUUACUUACAGAUUGUUAACCUUCAAUCGAGAGCUCAAUCUGGUUUGGAAGUUGAUAGUCAAUUGGUUUUGGAUAUGGUUCAUGAUAAGUUGAUCCCAAUCAUCUGUAGAGAUGCAGUUGAUGGCAGUGAAGUCUGGAAGACUGUUGCAUUCUCAGUUCUUGAUGGUCUCGCUGCACUUUCUUUGAAAAACAACUCGUCAGCAUCGCUUGAUAUAAUGGUUAAGCAUGGUUUCUUGAGAAACUUUGUACAAUCACUUAAGGAUACCGAAGAUGUUCUAAUUAAUAUUGUUCAAAGUGAUCCUGAAUCACUCAAUCCACUCUACGUGUUUGAAGCAAAGACCGCAAUGCUUUUGCGGAUUGCUCAAGAUCGUAAAGGUGCUGAGAGACUCCUCGAUGCUCAAAUCUUUACGGUUCUUGCGCAAUGUGAAUUUGUCUCUUGUAGACCAUCUGGUGAAGAGAGUUUAAUGGACUACGAAAGCUUCCUUCCGCCAGCUACUGAAAGAUAUCAUCAACUUCUCCUUCCAACGCUGCAGCUUGCCUCGACAGUCUUAUCAUCCGUCGGUGUUACAUCGGCUGUAGCAGCUAAAGAGGCCCUUGGAUUCGUAUAUGCACAUCGUGAGGUAUUCUUGGAAAUCCUUCGCGAUAAUCCAACACUUACUUCACUUGCACUUGUCCAGGAGCAUCACCUCAUCGUAUGCAUCCUUCAUCAAGUGAAAUCCGUAGUAUCAGAUGAUGAACUCAUUUCUCCAUCUGGAUUUGGAGCCUUCCACACUGCAAUCUUGAACUUAUCAACGAAGUACAUGACAAGAGCAAACUGGAUCAACAGAGUUGUUCCAUUUACAGACACAGAGAAGGAAGAUUCACUGAUAUUAUCAAAGGGAGGUGAAUCAUCUAAGUUUGCAAUUAUGGCAUCAAUAACAGUUGAGAAUGUUAACGAGUGGUUAUUGAAUUACUUAACAUUAACAAGGUCAACUUCAUCAUUUAGACCAUUAUUAUUACCAUUAUUCCCACAAGUGAGGGAUGGACAGGAUUUACAUCAAGCGUCUAGUUCUUCACCUACACUUGGACAAGCUAUAACAGGUUUAAAAGAGCUGGUGUCAUUAUUCCACGGCACAUUGUUCGAUUUCAGGGAACAUCAAUUUAAGAUUCAGCAAACACCUUCAAUCCAUAUGGAAAUUAUGCUCAGUUCAACGAUAAAGGUAUUAAAAUCUCGUUUAACGAAGAUUGAGAUGAUGUUGUUAUUGAUUUGGCGUCAUGCAGAAUUUUACGUCAAGUUACAACAAAAACCACAAAUGCAACAAUCAUUAAGUGCAUCAUUGAAGCCAUACGGUAAUGUUGAUAGCAACGCUACAGCAAGAGAGAUAUCACAAUUAAUUUUACCUAUAUUAUCAAAAUUAGAUGGAAUUGAGUUGACAAGUGAUAUGAUACAAGCUAAUGACGUUAGAUCAAGACAAGCAUUCCUUCAAAUAAUUUCUAGACGUAUAAGAGAAGCAAUCUUAUAUAAUCAAACUGAUGAAGCUAUGAAAAUAUAAAUUAUUAUACUAUUGUUACAAACAUUCUUCCUUCUUUACUCAAUCAUUUGCUGUAUUGAGGCAUUAUAUAUUUUUACAUCC